AUGCUAUGCCCUUGUUCUUACACCCCUGCCUACGAGCGUGUGACACACUGCACGUGUGCCCAGACGGGUCGUCACCUGGCUACCUUCACUCGGCAGCCAGGGUCGGACUUGUACACACUGACCACUGAGUCCCCUCAGGUAGCUGCGUCUGCGUCUACGUCAGGGUUCUCCCUCCCCUCCCACCCUCGCAUGCUCCUCCCUGUCUUCCCUGUGUCGAGGGGCGGCAGCGCGCCGCUCCUCAAUCUUCCUCGUUCCCUCCCACAGAGGCUCCCCUUGCACACUCUCCACCUGGACAUGUGGGGCCCAACCCGCAUCCGGGGACAGGGCCACGAGCGGUACUUUCUGCUGGUCGACGACGACUACACGAGCUACACCGUGGUCUUCCCCUUGCGUACCAAGGGUGAGGUCCCUGAUGUCUUGAUCCCCUGGAUCCGUGGUGUUCGUCUCCAGCUCCGCGAGCGGUUCCAGUCGGACUUUCGUGUCCUACGUCUGAACUCUGACAGAGGUGGCGAGUUUUCCUCUGACCUCUUGGCAGCCUACUGUGCGGAGCACGGCAUCCGCCAGACGUUCACUCUCCCGACCUCUCCGCAGCAGAAUGGGGUUGCUGAGCGCCGCAUUGGUUUUGUCAUGGAGGUCACUCGUACCUCCACGAUCCAUGCGGCUGCCCCCCAUUUCCUGUGGCCGUUUGUAGUGCAGUACGCUGCGCAUCAACUCAACCUCUGGCCCCGUGUCUCUGUUUCGGAGACCUUGCCUACCCUGCGUUGGACGGGGGAGGUUGGCGAUGCGUCGGUGUUCCGAGUCAGGGGAUGUCGAGCCUUUGUCCGUGAUACGUCCGCGGACAAGCUCUCCUCCCGUGCCGUUCCCUGUGUCUUCCUUGGCUUUGUCCCUGACGCGCCUGGCUGGCAGUUUUACCACCCCACCUCGCGCCGUGUCUUUGCCUCUCAGGACAUCACCUUUGACAAGUCGGUACCCUUUUACCGUCUCUUCCCCUACUGCACUGCCCCGCUCCCCCCCCCGCCGCUCUUCCUCACCCCAGGUGUUCCGUCGGUAGACCCCCUCCCCCCCCAGGGUGCUGCUCCCUCAGGUGUUUCCCAGGUAGACCUGGUCGAGCCUGUCGAGGUAGCUGUUGACUCUGGUCCUGCGCGAGGUGCUGCGCGUGCUGAGCCUGGUGGUGCUGAGUCUGGGGGUGCGGAGACUGCGGGUGCUGAGCCUGGGGGUGCUGCGACUGGGGGUGCUGAGCCUAAAGGAGCUGAGGCUGGGGGUUCUGAGACUGACCGUACUGCGCCUGUUGGCGCUCCCUCUUCACAGCAGCUGCGUGAGUGGUACUCCCAGCGUUACAGCCUCCGUCGUGGGGCUACUGGAGCUAGGGGGUCUACUGGAGUCGGGGCUGGUGGCCCUGCGGGUGCAGUGUCGCAGCCGGAGCCUCCCUCCCCUCAGCGACUACGUGAGUGGUACGCUCGGCGCUGCAGCCUCCGGAGUGGAGCUCCUGGUGUUGCGGUACCGCCAGAUAGAGGCCUUGCUGCUAUUAGAGGUCCUGGAGCUGCUGGAGGUGCUGCUGGUGCUGGUGCUGCUGGAGGGGCUGCUGGAGGUGCUGCUGAUGCUGCUGGAGGUACUGGAGAUGCUGGAGGUCCUGGAGCUGCUGGAGGUGCUGCUGGUGCUGCUGGAGGUGCUGCUGGUGCUGCUGGAGGUACUGGAGCUGCUGGAGGUACUGUUGGUGCUGCUGGAGGUACUGGAGAUGCUGGAGGUCCUGGAGCUGCUGGAGGUGCUGCUGGUGCUGCUGGAGGUGCUGCUGGUGCUGCUGGAGGUACUGGAGCUGCUGGAGGUAUUGCUGGUGCUGCUGGAGGUACUGGAGCUGCUGGAGGUUCUGCUGGUGCUGGUUCAGCUGGAGAUUCUGGCGGUCUUACAGAGCGUCGUGAGCCUGAGUCUCAUCAUGUGUCGCCUGUGUCUCGUCCUGUGUCACCUGUUCGUGCUACUUGCACUGGUCGCCGCGUUCCGCGUGAGCGUCCUCCACCUGUCCUUGGCACACACUAUAUGACUCUGCGUCCUUCCACUGCUCCACAGCGUGUCCCUCUGCCGUCUCCUCCUGCGUCCUCUCUUCCUGUUCUUGCUGACCCGGAGUCCGACUCUCUUCGUGCUGCCAGUCCUACUGUCACGCGUCUACUGGCCACUGCUGUCAGUGACCCUUCCUUUGAGUCUGCUGCUGCGUCUGCCCUAGUUGCUGAGCUUGUCUACUUUGUUGCUCGCUGUCGUCCAGACUACGCCGCGAGUCUUGUUGCUGAGUCUGAGUCUGUCUGUCCUCCGUCCAUCGGGGGUGAGUGUGCUCUUAGAACGGACGUCCUUGAGGACAGACAGGAGGACCUUGAGUGUCUUGCAGCCGCUGCGCCUCAUCUCGUGUCCAUGCUGAUUGCCCCUGAGGGAGACCCGGAUGCUCCAGACAUCCCGACCCCGCGCUCUUAUGCUGAGGCGAUCGCAGGUGAGUACUCCUCUCAGUGGCAGGUGAAGCGGCCGCUGGGUUCUCUGCCUAUCUUCAAGGCUCGUUAUGUUGCUCGAGGCUUUAGUCAGCGAGAGGGAGUAGACUUCUUUCAGACCUUCUCCCCCACCCCAAAGAUGACCACUCUUUGGGUGCUACUGCACGUUGCUGCUCAGCGUGACUACGAGCUUCACUCUCUUGACUUCAGCACAGCUUUCUUGCAGGGCAGCCUGCACGAGGAGAUCUGGCUGCGCCGGCCUCCUGGCUUCACUGGGUCGUUUCCUCCUGGUACCCAGUGGAGCCUCCGGCGGCAGGUCUACGGUCUCCACCAGGCGCCACGUGAAUGGCACGACACACUAAGGACUACUCUUGCAGCACUUGGGUUCGCGCCUUCUACUGCUGACCUGUCGAUGUUUCUGCGCACCGACACUUCGCUGCCGCCAUUCUACAUCCUCGUGUACGUCGACGACUUGGUCUUUGCCACUGCUGACACUAAGGCUCUCGCCCACGUGAAGUCGGAGCUGCUGAACAGACAUACGUGCACAUACCUGGGUGAACUGCGCAGCUACCUUGGCUUGCAGAUCACCCGGGACAGAGCAUGUUGCACCAUCACACUGACUCUGUCACACAUGGUGCAGCAGGUCCUUCAGCGCUUCGGCUUCACCUGGUCCUCAGCACAGGCCACUCCUCUGGCUACAGGUCACUUGCUCUCAGCUCUGCCUUCGGAUGAGUCCGUAGAGCCGAGUGGUCCUUACCCAGAGCUAGUUGGCUGCCUCAUGUACCUGAUUACUUGUACUCCUCCUGACCUAGCGUACCCUCUUGGCCUUCUGGUCCGCUAUGUGGCUCCAGGCAUGACUGGCUUGGUUUCGCCUGCCGACUUUUGUGCGGCACACAUGGCAGCACUGGAAGGGAUGCUAGACCACUCCGCAUCCGUUUCUGCUGCUGCUGGCCUGGAGGCAGGUGGAGGUGGAAAUGGGGUUGCUUCGGAUGGUGGUGGUGGUCUAGGUGAUAAGCGCCUCUGA